AUGUAAAUCCCUUAAGGGCUGGUUAAGAAGUUGGUCGUAAUUGUAUAAUGUUAACAAAAUAUGAUAAACAAUAAUGUUGAAUUGUAGUUUACACAUGACAUAUUAGGACAAUAGCAGAUUUCCUAAUUUUUCAGUUUGAAGAAAUUUUAUCAAAUUAGUUAACUGAGAAAAAAUUGGGACUUAAAAUUGUUGAAUCGGUUUUAAUCACAUAUUAUCAUCUUGAUCAUUGUGAUACAUUUUUCUAUUCUUCGCAGGAUUAUAUGGUUAUUAAUUAUGAUUAUUUAGGUAAAGGUAAUAAUGGACCUGUAGUAAUGUCCAGCCAAAGCAUUGUUAUCAUACAUUUUAGAAGAUUAUAGAAGAGUAAUCUAUUAUCAUUAGCUCAAUAGAUAUGGAUAAUUCCAAAAGAAAUUAAGAAUUCAAACUAAAAUCUAAAUAAGAUUUUAUUAUCAAUUCAUAUUAUUAAUUUAUGAUAAUGAAAAUAUCAAAAAAUACUUAGAUAAAGUUUAAGGUAUCAGGCUUUAUGAAACCAAAAAUUUUGAUGUGACUGCUUAUUAUGCUGGCCAUCUAUUAAGGGUUGUAUAUUUCAUGUGAAAUAUAAAAAUGUUUCAGUAGUCUACACAGGAGAUUACAAUUCUAUUGCUGAUAAACAUUUUGGUGGAGCCUAUAUUGAUCAAUUACAACCAGAUCUAGUUAUUUCAGAAAAGCGAAUACUUUAUAAAUAUCACACAAAGCGAAAGAAUUAGAAAACGAAAUUUU